AUGAAGUAUCUAAAAUGCGUCAUCAUGGAAGCCACACGACUCCAUCCUCCCCUUCCAGUUCUACCACCACGAGUUGCAAGACACGAUGCCAAAGUAAUGGGGUAUGAUAUUGCAGAAGGAACUAGGGUAUACGUCAAUGUUUAUGCAAUUAUGAGGGAUCCUAAAGUGUGGGAUAAACCUGAAACGUUUAUGCCGGAGAGGUUCUUGGAGUCAUCUAUUGAUUUCGUGAGGCACAAUUUUGAGUUGCUUACAUUUGGUGCUGGAAGGAGGAGUUGCCCUGGAAGGAUAUUUGCCAUGGCCAUCAAUGAGAAGGUUCUGGCUAAUGUUUUGUACAGGUUCGAUUGGGCUCUGCCACAAGGAGUUAGGCCACAGGACGUAGAUAUGAAUGAAACUUUUGGUCUCGCUAAUCACCGGAAGGUUCCAUUGCUAGCUCUUGGGACACCAUUCUUCCCAUAAUUAAGCAGCAAUACCGGCAUUAUCUAAAACAUUACUAGCUGAAUGGAUGGAUGGAUAUUUGCCAUUAAUUUUCGUUUAUUUUGGAAAAAAUUACAUGUACGUUGUAGCCCAAGUUAC